AUGCUUGAUUUUUCCCUCCCUUCUUCCAAUGCGUUUCACCUCAUCCACCUUCCUUCUCUCGGCCAGUCUUUGUCAUUCCUGUGCAAAUACUUGUCACUGGGGACUUGUUUUUUCUUUUCUUUUUGGUUUAUCUCUCUUAGUGUCUUUAUAUACCUUGAUUUUCUUGUUUCUUUUCUCUGUCUUUAUCUCUCUCUCGCACCUUCUUCCCAUUUUUUCUCAUCUUUCUCUUUUUACCCAAUCUAUUUUGUUGGUUCACUUUCCUUUCCUGUUUCUAAUUUUUUCCUUUUCUCAUCGGGUGGACGUAAAUCCAGAGAUAACACACCACAGGGUAAGAAGAAUGUGCUUGGGCAAAAUCCGUCUGUCCGUAAAGGGAAGGAGUCUCCAACUAUUGAAGCUGCAUCACAUCAAAGAUAUGAAGUAAUCGCUAUCUUUCGCAUCCUUUUUAUUUCUCUCAUUCUUUCUCAAGCUUUUUUUCAACUCCUUUGUCACAGAUCUUCCAUCAUUCCUCCUCUCUUGCCUUCUAUCCCAUCUGUUCUAUAUCUAUCAAUUACUCUCUCUCUCUCUGAUUUACUCUUUUCCUUUAUUUUUCCCAUUAAACUUUUUCCGUUUUUCUUUCUUCUCUUUUUUCAGUUACAAUUUUUGUCUCUUACUUGCUUUCUCUCUUUCAAUGACUUUUUCUUUCUUUACCUAUUGAUUACUCUCUUGACCUUUAACCACUCUCUCCAUCCUUCAACCACUCACUCUAUUACAACCUUGCCUGCUCACUCACUCAUUCCCUCAGUCACACUUGUUCUCACUCUGUCACUCCCACUCGUCUGUUCCUUCUCUGUACCUCCCGAUUGCUCACUCCUUCUCUGUCCUUCCCGCUCACUCGUUCAUUCAUUCCUUUUCUGUAUCUCCCACUCGCUCGUUCAUUCGUUUCUUCUCUGUCCCUCCUGCUCUCUCACUUUUUCUUUUAACAAACCCUUUCAUUUGAUUCUUGGAGAACCAGCAUCGUUUGAUUCUAGUGUGCACCAUCCAUUUUACCCUCCUGCCCUUUUCGCACCCCUCCUCUCCUCAGUCCUUCCUCUUUAA